AUGACAUUUUCUGUUCAGCCUCAGAAAUCCUGGAUCGAAGCAGUAUUUGAGAAGAGAGAGUGUAAUAAAAUCAUACCCAGUUCAAAAGACCCACACAGGUGUACUUCAGGAUGCCAGGUGUGUCAGAAUUUAAUCAGAUGCUACUGUGGCCGACUGGUUGGAGACCAUCAAGGAAUAGAUGAUGCGUGGACCCUCUCAGCUGCCGACGGUAACGACGAUGAAGCGUGGUCUGUUGAGAAACACACAACGAAAAGCUCUACAGACACCUUUGGCACCAUUAACUUCCAAGAUGGAGAUCACAUCUACCACUCCAAGUAUAUUCGAACUUCUUAUGAUACCAAAUUGGAUCAUCUGUUACAUUUAAUGUUGAAAGAGUGGAAGAUGGAACUGCCAAAGCUGGUGAUCUCCAUCCAUGGGGGCAUCCAGAGCUUUAAGAUGCCCCCCAAGAUUAAAGAGAUCUUCAGCCAAGGGUUGGUCAAAGCUGCAGAGACCACGGGGGCAUGGAUAAUAACGGAAGGCAUCAAUACUGGUGUGUCCAAGCACAUCGGCGAGGCUCUGAAAGCCCAUUCCUCCAAGUCCUUGAGAAAGAUCUGCACUGUUGGAAUCCCUCCCUGGGGCGUCAUUGAGAACCAGAAAGAUCUCAUUGGAAAAGACGUGGUGUGCCUCUAUCAAACCCUGGGCAACCCUCUCAGCAAGCUCACCACCCUCAACAGCAUGCACUCGCACUUCAUUCUGGCUGAUGACGGCACCGUGGGCAAGUACGGCAAUGAGAUGAAGCUCCGGAGGAAUCUGGAGAAAUACCUCUCCCUGCAGAAAAUCCACAGCUGCUCCCGACAAGGCGUGCCUGUGGUGGGACUCGUGGUGGAAGGAGGUCCCAAUGUCAUCCUGGCCGUGUGGGAGACCGUCAAAGACCGCGACCCGGUGGUGGUGUGUGAAGGCACGGGCAGGGCGGCGGAUAUCCUGGCCUUCACCCACAAGCACCUGGACGAAGGGGUCCUGCGUCCUCAAGACAAAGAGGAGAUUAUCUGUAUGAUCCAGAGCACUUUCAACUUCAGCCUUAAGCAGUCCAGGCACCUGUUCCAAAUCCUCAUGCGGUGUAUGAAGCACAGGGACAUUAUUACCAUAUUUGAUGCUGACUCGGAGGAGCAGCAGGACCUGGAUUUAGUCAUCUUAACAGCUCUGCUGAAGCGAACCAAUCUAUCACCCUCAGAACAAUUAAAUCUGGCAAUAACCUGGGACAGAACUGACAUUGCCAAGACACAUAUCCUAAUUUAUGGACAACAUUGGAAGUGUGGCGUGCUGGAACAGGCCAUGUUAGAUGCGUUAGUGAUGGAUCGGGUUGACUUUGUGAAGCUCCUAAUAGAGUAUGGAGUGAACCUCCACCGAUUUCUCACCAUCCCCCGGCUGGAAGAGCUCUACAACACAAAACAGGGGCCUACCAACAUGCUUCUGCAUCACCUUGUCCAGGAUGUAAAACAGCAUACCCUCCUCUCAGGCUACAAAAUCACGCUGAUCGAUGUUGGAUUGGUGAUAGAGCACCUCAUUGGGGGAGGAUAUCGCAGCAGCUACACUAGGAAAUCCUUCCGAGUCCUCUACAACACUCUCUACAGGACGUAUAAGGUAGUACGCCACUCGGAAAACAGAAAUGAGUCUGCAGAGAACACGCUGCACUCGCAGUUCAUUAGAACCGCCCAACCUUACAAGGAGAAGUCUAUAGUCCUUUAUAAAUCAAGGAAAAAGUCGAAAGAAGGACAAUAUCUGGAUGACCCUGAGUCUACCAACUUCACUUACCCUUACAACGACCUGCUGGUGUGGGCUGUGCUCAUGAAAAGGCAGAAGAUGGCCAUGUUCUUCUGGCAGCAUGGCGAAGAGGCCACGGUGAAGGCAGUGAUUGCUUGUAUACUCUACCGAGCGAUGGCCCACGAAGCUAAGGAGAGCAACAUGGUGGACGACACUUCCGAAGAGCUGAAAAGUUACUCAAAGCAGUUUAGCCAGCUGGCCCUGGAUAUCCUGGAGAAGGCAUUCAAGCAGAAUGAACGAAUGGCCAUGAAGCUCUUGACCUGUGAACUCAAGAACUGGAGCAAUUCUACCUGCUUGAAACUGGCUGUGUCUGGAGGACUGCGACCUUUUGUGUCACAUUCCUGUACCCAAAUGUUGCUGACAGACUUGUGGGUGGGGCGCCUGAAAAUGAGGAAAAACUCCUGGUUAAAGAUCAUCAUCAGCAUCAUUUUGCCGCCCACCAUUUUGACGUUGGAAUUUAAGAGCAAAGCCGAGAUGUCCCACGUCCCGCAGUCCCAGGACUUCCAGUUCACGUGGUAUAAUGGUGACCAGACCCUCAGCACUGCCAAAGAAAAUGCUUGCACGAAUGAUUAUGAUUUGGAAAGAGGCCCUGUUGAGAAGCCUGAUGAAAAUCAGCACGUGGACGGGAAGCGUCAGGGCAAGCGCCCCCCAUGGGUCAGGAAGGUGUAUGACUUCUACAGCGCGCCCAUUGUCAAGUUCUGGGCUUACACGAUGGCGUAUUUGGCGUUCCUCAUGCUGUUCACUUACACUGUGUUGGUGGAGAUGCAGCCGCAGCCCAGCGUGCAAGAGUGGUUUGUCAUCAUUUACAUCUUCGCCAACGCGCUGGAGAAGGCCAGGGAGAUCUGCAUUUCAGAACCCGAGAAGUUUACUCAAAAGGUGAAGAUAUGGAUUAAUGAGUAUUGGAACCUAAUGGAAGCUGUGGCAAUUUGCGUGUUUUUGGUUGGAUUUAGUCUCCGGUGGGGCAAGCCUCCUUUCCACACGGCAGGAAGACUGCUCUACUGCGUAGACACCAUCUUCUGGUACUCAAAGCUCCUGGACUUCCUUGCAGUGAAUCAACACGCAGGUCCAUAUGUGACCAUGAUUGCAAAAAUGGCAGCAAACAUGUUCUACAUCGUGAUCAUCAUGGCCAUAGUCCUGCUUAGCUUUGGGGUGGCACGCAAGGCCAUCCUUUCCCCAAAGGAGCCUCCGUCAUGGAGCCUCGCUCGAGAUAUCGUGUUUGAGCCAUACUGGAUGAUGUACGGAGAAGUGUAUGCCUCCGAAAUCGAUGUUUGUGAAAGUGAUCCAUCUUGCCCUCCGGGCUCUUUUCUUACUCCAUUCAUGCAAGCUGUCUAUCUCUUUGUGCAAUAUAUCAUCAUGGUUAACCUGUUGAUUGCUAUCUUCAACAAUGUUUACGUUGAAAUGAAGUCCAUUUCAAAUAAACUGUGGAAGUACAAUCGUUAUCGCUACAUCAUGACCUACCACGAGAAGCCGUGGCUGCCUCCUCCCUUCAUCGUGCUGUGCCACGCGAGCUUUCUGCUCCGCCGCCUUUGCUGCCGGCGCGCUCCCAACGACCAAGAAGAGGGAAAUGUCGGAUUAAAGCUCUACCUGAGUAAGGAAGAUCUGAAAAGACUUCACGACUUUGAAGAGCAGUGUGUGGAGACGUACUUCCAUGAGAAGAUGGAAGAGCUGAACUGCAGCUUUGAGGAGCGUAUCCGAGUGGCAUCAGAAAGGGUUACAGAAAUGUACUUUCACCUGAAAGAAAUGAAUGACAAGGUGUCUUUCAUAAAGGACUCCUUACUGUCUCUGGACAGCCAGGUGGGACAUCUGCAGGACCUCUCUGCUCUGACAGUCGAUGCCCUCAAAAUUCUUUCUGCUGUUGACACUUUGCAAGAGGACAGGGCUCUUCUGGUUAAGAGGGAGCAUUCCGAUCGCAGAAAACUUCCGCACAGCUGGAACAAUGUCAUCUGCACAGAGGUGUUAGGCAGCAUGGGGCUCUCCAGCAGAAAGAAGUUCCAGUAUUACAGCAUGCCCCCUUCUUUGCUACGGAGCCUGGCUAGAAGCCAGCACCAGCCAGGAUCGCAAAGGAGAACUCUUCUUGAGGAUUCAGACAGUCAGAGAGAGACUUCCGGUGUGAGAGAUGAUGAAAAAGAGCCAGCAUCGGAAAAAAGUGUAGCUGCUUCUGGGAUGUCCAUCGGCAGUCACGCACACUCCAAGUAUGGCAAGUUUCUCCUGAUCCCUUCUUAUUUAAAACAAGUUCCUUUUCCUGCCAGGACACUCUUGCCUCUGUCCAGACCCUACAUGGAAACAGGUGCAGGCAGACUGGCAUCUGAACAGACGCAUCAGAGCGAGAUUACUGAUCAUCCACACUGGCAGAGCCCAGUGGCCUCAGAGAAGGCAGCAGUGGCUGAAGCCAAGCAGAGGCAUGGUGCAGUCAGUCAGACACCUGGCACACAAGACAAAGGGAAGCCAGCUCUGCCCAUUCUGGAUUGCACACCUACACCGGGGGCAAUGACCUCCCUCCCUUCUCAAGCCAAGAGCAUGCGCGCUGCUGGUGGAUAUGUCAACUGGGCAUUUUCGGAAGGUGAUGAAACUGAUCUGUUGAGCAUCAAGAAAAAGUGGCAGAGCUGCUUGCCCUCCACGCCUAGCAGUGGUUCCGCACAGGGUUCGCAAAGCCAGAUGCAGAGUCAAAGCAGAUCCCUGUGUGACAGUUCAGCGGCACUGACCCAGACUGGUAACUGCUCGGAGGUGCGGCCAAAUACACCUUUGUGGAUCCGUCCUUUCCACAAAGACAGGUGCUUCUUUAAAAGCCACAGUUUUAGAUUCUGCAAGGAAGAGAAGUUGAUGAAGAUCUGUAGGAUCUUAAACUUGCUUACAUAAACCAUUUACCUUACAGAAAGCUCAAGAUGCACAGGGGCAGCGUGGAUCAAAGCAAACAUGUUGACAAAGAACAUGAGAAUGUCAAGAAGAAAGAAGACGCAGAGGCUGCAAGUGCCGGUUAUAACAGUCAACGCCUGCUGUCCAAGUGACCAGUUGAAUUCAGAGCCAGGAGAAAACAACAAACCAGAGGAGAACUAUGGCAAACAGUGGCCAACAGCGUCCAAACUUCAUCGUACAGGUCUAGAACCUUACAUAUGUCAGAAAAGGAAAAUUGAAGAAACUGAACAACAUGCUGUACAAGUGGGGGAUUAUUUAACACAGUCCCGAGAGGAUCUCAGGGAAGACUCGUGGUGGACUUCCAGGAGCACCAGCCUCAUUAGCAACUCCCUGUCGAGAAGUCCAAAUGGAGUUGACAGGAUCUCAGCCUCGUUGGAAAGCCCUCCAGAGUCUCACCACCAUUAUUCAGCCAUUGAAAGGAACAACUUAAUGAGGCUCUCUCAGAACAUACCCUUUACACCGAUCCAACUGUGUGGGGGAGAAGAAGUCACUGUGUACAGACUGGAAGAGAGUUCCCCUUUGAACCUUGCUAAAAGCGUGUCCUCCUGGUCUGAGCGUGGCAGAGCUGCCGUGAUCCAGGUGCUGUCCCGAGAGGAGAUGGGUGGGGGCCUCCGCAGAGCCAUGCGGGUCAUCAGCACUUUGUCGGAGGACGACGUGCUCAAGCCGGGACAGGUGUUCAUUGUGAAGUCCUUUCUCCCAGAGGUUGUGCAGACGUGGUAUAAAGUCUUCCAGGAGAACACAGUGCUGCAGCUUUGUCUCAGGGAAAUUCAACAACAAAGAGCCGCUCAAAAGCUGAUCUGUACUUUCAACCGAGUGAAACCACGUACCAUACCCUACACGCCAAGGUUCCUGGAAGUUUUCUUAAUCUACUGCCAUUCGGCCAACCAAUGGUUGACUAUUGAGAAGUACAUGACAGGGGAGUUCCGGAAGUACAACAACAACAACGGUGAUGAGAUCACUCCCUGCAACACCCUGGAGGAGCUGAUGUUGGCUUUCUCUCACUGGACCUACGCGUAUACUCGGGGAGAGCUGCUGGUUUUGGAUUUACAAGGUGUUGGAGAAAAUUUGACAGAUCCAUCUGUUAUAAAACCUGAAGACAAACAAUCAAGAGGAAUGGUGUUUGGACCGGCCAAUUUAGGGGAAGAUGCAAUUAGAAACUUCAUUGCAAAACAUCGUUGCAAUUCCUGCUGCCGGAAGCUCAAACUCCAGGAUUUAAAGAGAAGCGACUAUUCCCCUGGAAAGGUAAAUCCUAGCUUAGGACUUGAUACCAACAGAGAGCCACCUGAGGAGUCUGCAGAGAAGGACAAGAAUGGACAUGCCCAGGAAUACCAUACUCGACUGUGA